AUGGGGAAUCUUAUAUGUUGUGUGCAAGUUGACCAAUCUACGGUGGCUAUGAAAGAAGGUUUUGGAAAAUUUGAAAAGGUGCUUCAGCCGGGAUGCCAUUGCCUGCCGUGGUUCCUUGGUAAACGAAUUGCCGGUCAUCUGUCUCUUCGGCUACAACAAUUGGAUAUCAAAUGCGAGACCAAGACAAAGGAUAAUGUCUUCGUCAAUGUUGUUGCUUCUAUUCAAUACCGUGCCUUGGCUAACAGUGCCAAUGAUGCAUUUUACAAACUUAGCAACACAAGGUCCCAAAUUCAAGCUUAUGUUUUUGAUGUCAUUAGGGCAAGUGUUCCAAAGCUCAACUUAGAUGAUGCUUUUGAGCAGAAAAAUGAAAUUGCAAAAGCUGUGGAAGAAGAACUUGAGAAGGCUAUGUCGGCUUAUGGAUAUGAAAUUGUUCAAACAUUGAUUACUGAUAUAGAGCCAGAUGAGCAUGUGAAGCGAGCUAUGAAUGAAAUCAAUGCUGCUCAAAGAUUGAGGAUGGCAGCUAAUGAGAAGGCAGAGGCAGAGAAGAUCUUGCAAAUCAAGCGAGCUGAGGGUGAGGCUGAGUCCAAAUAUCUCAAUGGGAUGGGUAUUGCUCGCCAACGUCAAGCCAUAGUGGAUGGUCUAAGAGACAGUGUUAUUGGAUUUUCGGUUAAUGUACCAGGGACAACUGCGAAGGAUGUCAUGGAUAUGGUCCUUAUCACUCAAUACUUUGACACGAUGAAAGAAAUUGGUGCCACCUCCAAGACUUCUGCUGUUUUCAUUCCACAUGGACCUGGUGUUGUUCGCGAUGUAGCUAGCCAAAUCCGUGAUGGACUUCUCCAAGGUUCUCUAUCUCAUCAGUAG